AUGUCAACCAUGACUCCAGAGAAUUCUGUGUCGCCCCAAUACAAAGAGGAAACACCUUCAACACCUUCAGAACAUCAUUAUCCAAACCAGUUGAAGUAUUACAAUGAUCAUUUGAACAAGAGUCAAUUUAAUUUGAUUUUGAUAAACUGCGCUUUGAACUUGCUUAAGCUUAUCUACCCAGAACAACAAUGGGAAGAGCACAAGUUAAGAUUCUUUAUCAUUGAGGUGUUGAGAAGAUCCAAAACUUCCAUCCAAACAUUGCAGAUUUGCUGCUACUACAUGUUUAGGAUCGUUAACAGUGGGGUUCCAGCUACACCUUCAUGCCCCAAAAAAUUGUUUUUGGGUUUGAUCAUCUUGUCCUCCAAAUUCAACCAAGACCACAACUACUCUUUUAAAUCGUGGCUCAAAAUUUGUGGCUGCAAGACGGAAGACGACUCGAGCUUAAACUUGAAAAAAACUUCAACAAACAGAAGUUGA